AUGGAGCGAUUGGAGCUUCUUGAUCCAACUACAAAUCAUUUCGAAACUUCCUACCAGCAGCUCAUCACACAUAUACUUUCAGCUUAUUUCAUCGGAGUCAACACAAUAUGUAUGAUUACCAACAACAUGCGGGGAAAUCUAGCGAUAAUUCCGUCAGGAUUGUCCUUUCCUAUAGUAUCGAUUGACGCAAUGCACACUAAUGGUAGUAACAUGAUACUUUCCGUAAUCGAACUCGGAUGUUAUAACUUCGUUGUGAAUCAUGAGGCAAUUGAAAGAUUCCUAGAUGAUUAUAUCGAUAUUCAUGACAGAGCAACGUACAGAAAUCCCAACAAAGCGGUAAUUUUCCUGUUAAACCAGCCGUACUCUAGUUCCUCAACUCUACUAAAUCAGCUUUCGAAACACUCAGCAUUGGAUGAAAUCAUAAAUUUGUUAAUACUACUACCAACCGAUCAAUUGCGGGCGAUUGAUUUUCUAACACAUAAUUACGCUACAAAUAGUAGACAAACUAGUGACCUUGUACUAUUGGAUUCGUACAACACUUAUAGUCGGAAAUUUCGAUACGGUCAAAAUUUAUUUCCGGAUAAAAUCUCCAACCUACAGGGUAGAGCAAUAAAAGUGGCCAGUUUCGCCUUUAUUCCCUUUGUAGCGUACGCAGAGGGCGAAUCAAGCUUUCCGACGGUACGCUCUCACGACAGAAUCCUUAAACUGGACGGUUUAGAUGGACAUUUACUGAGGGAUUUCUGUAGGAGCUAUAAUUGUACCAUCGAAAUGGUUAUAGACGAAGUGAACAUGUGGGGAGAUAUUUACGAUAAUAGGACAGGGCAAGGAAUCCUUGGGAACCUGGUCGAACGACGCGCGGAUAUUGGAUUGGCAGGGCUAAGCAACUGGCACCGAUAUUAUGCAUAUUUAACGUAUUCUGCCAAUAUUGACAGAGGAGGAAUAACGGUAAUCGUUCCAAGAGCUAGAACUGUCCAAUCAUGGAGAACAAUCCUGCUGGUCUUUCCCAAAUCUGUUUGGAUCCUAACGGCAGUGGUGUUUUGUGGUCUGGUGAUCAUCAGCUACUCACUUUACCGACCUAAAUUUGGUUUCCAAAAUGAACCUGACAUCGUUUGGAGUGCUUUCAAUAUGUUGUUAAUUUUUUUGAUGCGGUCUGCAAGCGUCGGAAAGCGAACUACUUCAGAAACGAUUUUGUCAGUCUCUCUACUAGCGUUCUCACUUCUUUUGGGUAACAUUUACAUCAGUAGAUUCUCAAGCUUGAUAACAAUGCCACCGCAAGGAACAUCCAUCAAUACUAUAUCCGAUUUGGCGGACAGUAAUCUUACCCUUCUACAGGUUCACGAAGCCUGGAUAUUCUCGCUGCUUCCUUCCACUAAUCCCGCUAUUGUGAAAAUACUAUCACGAUUUGAAACUUAUCCACCAGAAGAAUUGCAACGGUUAGCCGACAAAGGCAAUGUGGCAUUUUGUGUGGGUCGUCAACAAAACGGACACUUAGUUUUUGGCAGCUGGAUAACCCACUUCAACUCUCACAAGUACCAACUUUUGCUUGAAGAUUUAUACUUCGUGUUUCACGUGGCAAUGGCGACUAAAACUUGGCCAUUGAUGGAACAAUUCAAUAAGUUAACGAUGCGUACCUUCGACGCUGCACUUCGCUAUUAUGAGGAGUUAGUGGCGUAUAAUACAUAUUUGGAUCCGUAUCUCAACACCUUGUUCGAACAUGCCCGGCGAAGGACACCCAAACAGUCUAGAGCGGGAGAACUGAACGAUUUUAUUGGAGUAUUCAUCGGUUUUGGAUUCGGAGCGGCGUUUGCUGUCAUUGUAUUUGUAGCUGAGCUGCUAGUAGCCAAUUUUUGUGGACCUUGCGUCUUGACCAAAAAAUCCAAUUAA